AGUAAGGCUACCGCGGGCCCCCGUCUGCGUAGCGGCGAGGCGGCCCACUCAGCUGAGCGCUUAUCUUAACUGACCGCUCUGCAAAUACAACCUCUGCUAAGCCUUGUUAUCGACAAAGGCUCACGCGCACAAGGCUUGCAAUGGAUUUGGCCAUAGCCAUUGCUUCAGAUAAUCAACUUGGAAUCCAACAUGGCGUCAAGGAGGCCGCGUUACACGACCUCACAAGUGCCGUAUCUCCGGCAAUAUUUACCCAGCAGAAAUAGGCGGGAUUAAGCCACACUCUCGCAGCCACACGCGACUCGGCCAGCUCCCGCUCGCUCUCCUAUAAAUUGACGUCUUGAGCGUGAGCGCGUUUCAUAUCUAUUUAGAUACAAACUCGCAAAAUGGCACGUACCAAGCAGACUGCACGUAAGUCUACCGGAGGCAAGGCCCCCCGCAAGCAGUUUGGCCACCAGGCAGCACGUAAGUCUGCCCCUGCUACCGGAGGUGUCAAGAAGCCCCAUCGUUACAGGCCUGGAACCGUUGCCCUCCGUGAGAUCCGUCGUUACCAGAAGAGCACUGAGCUCCUCAUCCGCAAGCUGCCCUUCCAGCGUCUCGUUCGCGAGAUUGCCCAGGACUUCAAGACUGACCUCCGCUUCCAGUCCUCUGCUGUCAUGGCUCUGCAGGAAGCUUCCGAGGCUUACCUGGUCGGCCUCUUUGAGGACACCAACCUGUGCGCUAUCCACGCCAAAAGAGUCACAAUCAUGCCUAAGGACAUCCAACUUGCUCGCCGUAUCCGCGGAGAGCGCGCCUAAGGUUUUGAUUGCAUACCUGCAACACAAAACUAUUAUCCUCGGCCCUUUUCAGGGCCUAAAAUUAAUUCUCAGAGAGAUGAAAUACA